AUGUGCCGUCUGAGGAACGAGGACUUCCUGCGGAAGCAUGGCUUGAGCACCUCGAACGUGUUGGACUACUUCUACACCUCGCCUUUCUACCUCCGCUGUGGCGGCCCUGAGUCUAUAAAUGAGCGGCGGCGACGCGGUCAGCGGGAGGCUGCCACGACCGGGAUCGAGUUCGUCGUGGCUGGCGCCAACGCAGAUGCCAGGGAAGGCCUCCUCGCCACCUCGAUCUUCGUCUUGCAGCGAGUGCUUCGGCGAGCGGGAGAGUCUGCCACCCCGCAGGAUGCCUUCUAUGUUUUGGCAGGCACAGUCUACAAGGCCCCUUCUCUGGUGGACAUCUUCGAUGGCGCCCUUUGCCAGUCGGCGCGGGCAGCCAGCAGCAUUUUGAAGAAGCAGCUGGAAAGCAUGCGACAAAGCACGGAGGAGGAGGCGCCUCAUGCGCCGGAAUCCAGGCUGGGCGAUGGUUGGCCAGCCUGGUGUAACUUCGAGCGCCCAGCUGUCCCGGCAGUGUGGCUGCGCGGCGCCUUCGUUGAUAGCACGCGCCGUGUCGGUGUCCCCGGUGGAGAAGCCCGAGAAACAGGGCUUUCACACCCGCCGUAG